AUGCUGACGCAACGUCGCGAUCCCACUGGAAAGGGCACUGCGGAGGCGAAGAGGGGACCCUCAUUGCAACCCCUGCUGACGAGUUGGCCAGUUUAUGUUCGUCAGGCGGCGACGUCCCGUCACGGCUGGAUGGCCGUUAGCCUGAUUGCUGAGCAGCAGGAGCAUCUAGCCACCUUUUAUUGUUGGAAAUUUGAGGUGCAAUUACAAGGCCUGCAGCCAUCGACCAUCUACCGUGUCUCCGUGCGUACGAAACAUCCGAAAGCUGUACUUGAGCAACGUCCUGUUGAGCGGUGUCUGGACUUCAAAACAUUGCCGAAAAUUGGCCUACCCGAUCCGCCGACGAACGUGCAAGCCGAGAACGGACCUCAAUCGGGAACGUUGCUCAUCUCGUGGACGCCAGUCACAAAUCAACCGAAGCCGCCGUCACGAGCCGCCGUCCACUCGUACCUCAUUUACGCCGACGGCAAGAACAUCGCUCAGGUGCCUUCCGCAACAGCUGAUCACGUUCUGCUACGACUAGCCGAUCUCUCGGACGAUCCGCCCAUAUUCAUUACCGUUCGGACACGGACGAGAGAAGGCGCUGUCUCGUGUGACUCGAACGUGGCUCGCGUACCUCGUGGACCAUCAUUUGGUGCUAUUUCUGACGGAUUACUACAGACAGCACCUCUGCUCGACAUGGCUCAAUCGUAUCCGACUGGGCACUUUGUUGCACCUCUUUCUGGACCGCAGAAUGCACCAUACACUGCCCCACCAAUGCUCACUUCAAUGCCCUUUCAAGCUAAUCCACUUUCUUCUUACACUGCCUCAGCAAUUCAGGGAUAUAAUAGUUUAGUCGGCACCGAUCGAAUCGGGCCAUCAACUCUAGGUGGUCAAGCAAUGGCUGCCGGUGGCGCAAUGCCAGGUAGCGCAGGCGCUCUGCCGUCUACCACGAUGCCGAUAACGGGGAUCGGGGCUGGUGGCACACUUCCAGGUGCCAUGAAUGCCACUGGUACGUUACCAAUGUCAGCAGCCCUUUGUCCUACAUCCAUGGCAAGUGGUCUGUCUGCCGGAGCACAAGGAACAUUGCCCAAGUGGAAGACAUCGCAGAUGAAGCAAUAUUAUACGUUUCCAUCCUCGUCUGAUUCGAGGCGACGGCACGAGCGUCGACGAGCCUCGGCCGUCUGUCCCCGACAUGGAGAACAGGUCCAUAACUGUUUCUCUUCUUUUUUUUCUGCUAAUAGUAAGGAGGUGUGGUUGCUCCUUUAUUUGCUACGACAUCGGCACUCAGAUUGGGGAGGGCAUUCCGAAUGGGCAGGCCCGAUGGAUGCUCGAAUGCGAGUUGACGCCUACGCUCGGCAAAGCACUGGAAUAGGCAGUGCUGAAGAUCGACCACCUGCAAGACAUAGGUAUCGAUUAAAUCGCUUAGAACAGGAAGUUUGGGACCAUUUACAUGUUUAA